AUGGAUACGAACGUGACUGUUGCGACACUGCCCAAUUCAACGACUGCUGUAGCUAACCCAGCUUCUGGCUCUUCAUAUGAUGUGAAAACGGUACUUAUUGCAGUUGCAUUAUGCCUUGUAAUAUUUGUGGGUACAAUUGGCAAUGGGUUCGUCUGUUAUUUUUUCGGAGUGAAACGCCGUAAUAAAUGGACGAUUCCAGACCGCCUCUUUUUCUAUCUUGGCAUUGUGGACUUACUGUCGUCACUGGUGAACCCAGCAUUCUUUCUCUACGUUGAACUAACGAGGUAUUCCAAAUGGCAUUUUGGAAGAGUCGCGUGCAAAGUGAUUGCACCUUUUGGACCGAUAACAACAUUGCUGUCAGCAUUUCUUAUCCAAAUAAUAACUGUCGAUCGGUACCUUGUUAUUGUGAAGCCAUUUGGAAGGCGGUACGGCGCCAGACGUAUAAACAUUGCGGUAUUAGCAGCAAUAGUCUUGUCAAUUGCUUUCUAUCUUCAUUACAUUAUAUCAGUAGAUCUUUACGGGACGAAUCCCGUAUGCAAGGUAUUGGAUGUUACCGAUAAGCGAUACUCCAUACCCAGUGUCACAAUGGUUUUGAUUCAGGACGUUACGUUCAUCAUCGUUAUUUUCUUCACAAAUAAAGCUAUAUACUCAAAGUUUAAAAAAAGACAGCGUAACUUUAGCUCCGAAUCUGGUGCGGAAGUAACUCACAUACAGCGUCAAAGACUCUUCGGGAUCCUGCUCGUUAUGUCAAGUGUUUUCCUGCUUCUAAUUCUGCCAAGAGACCUUCUUCAGUUAUCGUACACUAUAUCAUGGAUGGAUGACGACGGGAUACCAUACACCAGGCAAAUUAAUCAGGCAAAUACCAUAGUGAAAAUCCUUCACGUCUCAAAUAGCUGCGUCAAUGUUUUCAUUUACUCUAAGAUGCACACAGGUUUCAACGAGGCGCUCAAAAAAAUUGCUUGCAGAUCCUCACACCCAAAUUAUUCUUCUACAUCAGAAAGAACCAGUGCUCCCACUCUUAACACAGCUAAAUAUUCAAGCAGAGAAUGCAAAGAGUCAAAAAUGUAA